UCUCUAUGUCUUCCUAUUCAUCUUCAUAUUCCUAAGCAAUUCUCACAGGACAAAUUCAAGUAAGCAUGCUAAAAAAUAUAUAUAACCAAAGUUAGAUCAAUCUCUAUCCUUAACCACUGCUUGACAGAACUUUAUUCUUACGUUUUAGGUACUUGCAAAUUAAUUAAUUUCACCUAUAGCUAAUAUUAAGUGUGAUGGUGCUAAUAACUAAUACUCCAAUAUGUCUCAGUUAGCAAACAUAUUACUGACUGAGAAACUAAAGCCUAAGAUUUCAGACCCCAUCUUAUCAAACUACAAGUUAAAGACUGAAAGGAUGGAAACCACUGCAAAUGAUGUUUUCAAUUUUGGGGUUGUGCUACUUCAACUUUUGACAGGAAGAAAGCCAGAAUCUCUGUUUAAAGAGGCAAGGAAUGCAAUAAUGAAAGGAGGAAGCAUAAGUGCCAUGGCAGAUCCAUGCUUAAGUGGGGCUUAUAUUGUAACUGAAUUUCAAAAUGUAUUAUCGAUAGCUGUUCAACGUACUACUCCAAAUGAACAAGAAAGACCAAACAUGGAAGAAGUCUUACAGAAACUUGAAGAAACCCAUAUUUUAAGUCUAAACUUCAAAUCCAACUGCAAGAAUUUUUGAAAAAAAAAAAAUUUGGA